GAGAGAGAGAGGGAGAAACCGAGGAAGAAACCACAGAAAAAACCCUUAAGCUCCCUGAUUAACUUUUCAUAAACAGUAAUUACUGAGUUUAAUUGAGAGCUAAAAACUCUACUUCUUUUGGGUUUUUUCUUUUAAAUUUCCUUAUAUAUAUAUAUAAAAAAUAAGAAACGAAGAGAGAGUUAGAGAUAGUUGCUGUGCAGAUUUUUUUACUUUUACUUUUUUUUUGUUUGCGGAAGGAGGGAUUUUGUUGUUCUGAUUUUUGAUGGAACAGAGUGAAACGGUGACGGAAUACACGCCAAAGAAAUUGGCGCCACAGAAAUUGGAUUUCACGGCGCCGAUUUGUAGAACUGCGCCGGCGAAUGUCCCAUCCCAGACACAGCAAGUGCAGGUGAAUUUGCAGACACAAACUCCUCCGAGGCCGGAAAUGCUUCCCCCUCCAUAUCAGGCACGGCCAGUGUCGCAGCAUGAGGCGGUGGCGCAGCGGAUACCGCACCCGGUGCAUAAGAUUUCGGCAAUGCCGCGGGGCAAGCAAGACUCCCCUGGAUCACGGCUGGCGAAUGAUGGCACUCCUAAGAAACCAAAGCAAUGUAAUUGUAAAAAUUCGAUGUGCUUGAAAUUGUAUUGCGAGUGCUUUGCUGCUGGAAUUCAUUGUAAUGGUUGCAACUGUUUAAAUUGUCGUAAUAAUGUUGAAAAUGAAAAAGAGAGGAAAGAGGCAGUUGAAACAACCCUUCAGCGUAAUCCAAAUGCUUUUAGACCAAAGAUUGCUAGCAGUCCGCAUGGAUCUCGGGAUACCACGGAAGAUGCACAGGAAGUUCAAAUGUUGGGAAAACACAAUAAAGGAUGUAAUUGCAAGAGAUCAGGGUGCCUCAAGAAGUAUUGUGAGUGCUUCCAAGGAAAUAUCUUCUGCUCUGAGAAUUGUAAAUGCUUGGAAUGCAAGAAUUUCGAAGGUAGUGAUGAUAGAAGGGCUCUCUUUCAUGGCAGUCCUCAUGCCACAGCUUAUGCACAACAGGCAACGAAUGCAGCAAUUAGUGGGGCCAUCGGAUCAUCUGGCUAUGGGACCACUUUGGCAUCCAAGAAAAGGAAAAGUGAGGAACUGUUUGGCAUAGCAACCAAGGAUCAGUCUGCUCACAGUACUGCGAAAUUCUCACAGGGAAAUACACUGAGGAAUUCUGCUGCCUUUUCAUCUCCAUUAUCUGUCCCUGUUUCUCGCACUGCUAAUGGGGCAGUAUUGGGAUCAACAAAACCCACAUACAGGUCCCCAUUGGCAGGUGUACUCAAACCACAGUUUGUGAAGGAGAUAUGCACCCUCUUGGUCACGAUUUCAGGAAAAACAACAGAGGCACUUGCAGGAAAAGUAGGAAAAAUGGAUACACAGUCCGAGAGAGAGAAUAUUGAAACUUAUUCUGCUUCUCCCACUCAAGAGAAGGAAAGUAGUCUAAAAGGAUGGAAUGCCAUAGAACACAUGCCUGAUGACUGUCUAAAUGGGAACAAAGCAGAAAAAGAUGGAAGCAUUGAUUCAGGUGAUGUUGAGAAUGCCAGGCCAUCCUCCCCUGAUAUUGAUUUGAUGUGCCAUGAAGAGGAGAUGAUGUUUAUGGAAAUGGGGUCCCCAAUUGGAGUGGCACGGCAUUGUCAAAGCAAAACCCAGAAACCAGAUGAUGGAUAUGAGUGCUCACAGCUCCACGCAGAGCAGGAAAAGAUCAUCUUGACCAGUUUCCUCGAAAUUCUUAAUAGAGUGAGCACUUAUGGUAGCAUAAAAGUAUGCCAAUCAGGAAACCAAAAAGAACCUGCUGUGAGAGACACCGUAAAAACUGGAAUUGAAACGGUAAAUCACAGAAAUGGAUAUCAUAACAGAGGCGCAGCUACUCUUGUUUUGAAUGGCGAUCCUCCAAAUAAAGCAGCAUCACCAAUUCAAAAAGAACUCACAGAAAGAAGCACCAUAAAAGCUGGAACUCAAAUGGGUAACCUUAAGGCUCAUCAUAGUAAUGGCACGACGCAGUCUCCUGUUAUCGCAAAUCUUGCUUCCACUGCUCUUCCUAUAAAGGCUGCAUCCCUUGUUCAACAAGAAUCUGUAGAGAGAGGCACCAAAACAGCCAGAAAUGAUAUAGGAAAUCACAGUGGAUAUGAUAAUGGCAUCGUGAAAUCUCCUGUUCUAGCACCUUCUGCUUCUAAUACUGAUCUUCCAGUAAAAGCUGCAUCCCCUGUUGAAAAUCGAGAGAGAAACCCAGCAGGAAAGAGUUGCAGUUAAGGAGGGAAAAGUACCUUGGAAGCAUCACCAAUUCUCUUUGCAAUGUAGGAAUGAUAUCCCACUGUUUUUGAUUGAGUUAGUUAGAAGCUCACCUAGCAUUUGAAACAUUUUUUAGUACAGAUUAGAAGAUACGUAUUUCUCCUUGUUUUAUGCCAUCACCUGGUAUAUGUAGUGAUACUUGUAAAUGGUAAAGUAUUUCUGUCUCUCAUGGCAAUUUGGCUGUGCACAUUACUUCACAUCAAUUUGUAAACUCAUUCUUCGAUCUAAUACUGCAUUGCAUUUUUUCA